AUGAGCGGUGGAGAGGCUGGGAUCUGGCUUGCAUUGAUUGAUAAAGAUGUGAAAAUGGCGGAGUUACAAAUGCUUUUGGAAGAGGAGAUUCCAGCUGGACGUAGUGCAUUAUUAGAUAGUUUUACUAAUUUGGAAAGAGUUGCCGAGUAUUGCGAAAGCAACUAUGUUCAGGUAAUAAUCAUUUUAUAACAUUAUCAAUUAUACAUUCUACGAGUAUCAUCUUUGACGGUGGGCGAAGUGAUGGCUACGAGCUAUGCCGAGGAGGUGCAGCGACUCAACUGCAAGGGUGCUCCUGUUAGCACGAGCAAGCUAGGGUAUAUCUAGCUAGCUAACCUUAGUUGGCUACUUCAUGUGGAACGUAGAUAGCUAGCUAUGUUUUUCCUAAUAUGAAAACAUUGGUUGCCGUUCUCCAACCGUCAUACAUGUAUCAAACGUUUAUUUAGUUGCUAGUAUUUUGACUAACUUGACUUCAUUAGCUAUUUACCUCCAACCAAAUGAUGCUUGCUAGUUAGUUAGCUGUGCUAACUAGUUGAGCUAGCACGAAUUAUCUGGGCACACCAGGCACAGCUGGUUUCAUGAUUGACAGUGUCGUGAUGGGGUACACAACAAGGUAUUCAGCUAAGGUAAAUAAGUAAUGAAUUUAAUUGAAUAUCAAAUGAUGGGACACGUGAUCUGAUACCAGAAGUAAAUCGAAGAAGCUACAAGUAAACGAAUUGUUAUGACUAUAGCAAACGGGCUAGGUAGCUAAUUCCAACUAGCCACGGUUUCUAGUUAGCUGCACUGCUAGCAGCCAUUGCUGUCAAAUUCUCCAGUGGUAGGAUUUUGAAAUUCCCGACUUGUGUCAACAUUUAGCUAGCUGUCAACAUUGGUCGUGAAGAAAAUAUAUAUAUCCUGUGUGGCACUUUUAAGCGUUCUUCUCCUGCCAAUACGUAACGUUACAGCCUUAUGAUGUGUGCCAAAUAAGUCACUGCAGAUUGGAAAGGACAUCCUGUAUCAUGAAUGCAGAACUUCUUGUACUACUUACUGUAGAGUGGGAAAAUGUGUGUUUUAUAGACUGUACUGGUGGCUCUGACAGUGGCAGAACAAGCAAAAUUGUUAACGUUAGUCAUGCCAUGAAGUACAUUUUUCCUAAUGUAAAGUGAUGUUCUGACACUGAGUGUGAAACGUUUGGCAAUUUGUCAUUCGUGCCACAGCCCUGGAACUAGAGGUCUUCACGGGUCCAAAAAGUUGGACCUGUUCCGAAAUGGACCUGGGGCUUUCCCACCCUGACCCGAUAUGCAUAAAUUCAUUAAAAAAUAUAUAGAGACCCGUUCUGAACGGACCCGAGGACAACUAGACCCGUUCCAGGUCCAAUCUGAUCCAAGUGAUGGAAGCAGCAGAAAAUCAUGUUUAAUUAACUGGAGCUGAUAAAAGCCAAGAAGAGGGAGAGAGGUGCUGCUAUAGCAGGCGGGGGAGGGGCAUACUGUGAGCGAGUGACAUGGGGAGGGAGGGAGAGAUGAGACAGCAACCAUCCAAGCCGACUCGCGCUAUAGUAGACUAAUAGCUGCCAUAGCAAGGUUAUGUAUCAUCAAAUAUGAUUAUGUAGUACCUGUCUUGGACUGCAUUAAACCGGGAGAAGCUAACUGAGGCUGCAGUGCAUGCACUUUCUCAUCCUACAGUUACAAAUAACUCCAUUCAGAAUAUUAAGUAGCAGCCUGCCUGCCUGUUGGCUCUUGGUCGUUGUAACCUAUUCUUCUCCUUUAACUUUUAAUUCCAUAAUUUUCAUUCCAUCUUCCAUUGAUUUGAUAUCUCCUAACUUUUGCAACACAGAGCAAGGCUCUAUGACUGUAGCCUAUUGCCGCUUUGAUGACUUAUGAUUGAUUGGCCAACAACAAGCUAUAUGCAUAAAUUAUACAAUUUCUCUCUCUACUGCAGCAGUCGCGUUCGGAUCUGUACGGGUCCUUCCUAACAAGUCAGUUAAAAUUACACAUAUCUGAGACCCGUGACAAUCAUAUCAGAUCCGACCCAGACCUGUGAAAUUAUAAAAAAUUCUGGAUCCGGACCUUCUCGGGUAUUCGGGCACAGGUGGAUCUGUGAAGACCUCUACCUGAAACAUCCAUCCCUCUUGCCCUACAACAUUUUCCGGACUGCUGUCAGUGUAGUCACCAACCACCACGACCACAUUCAUGGUCAAAUCAAAUUUUAUUGGUCACGUACACAUACAUUCAGUGGCCAGUUUAUUAGGUACUCUCGUCUAGUACUGGGUCGGACCCCCUUUGCCUCCAGAACAGCCGGAGUUCUUUGUGGGAAUGUAAACGUUACUCAGUUGGUAUCAAGGGAUCUAACAUUUGCCAGGAAAACAUUCCCCACACCAUUACACCACCGCCACCAGCCUGUACCAUUGACACCAGGCAGGAUGGCGCCAUGGACUCAUGCUGCUUAUGCCAAAUCCUGACUCUGCCAUCAGCAUGACGCAACAGGAACCAGGAUUCGUCGGACCAGGCAAUGUUGUUCCACUCCUCAAUUGUCCAGUGUUGGUGAUCGUGUGCCCACUGGAGCCGCUUCUUCUUGUUUUUAGCAGAUAGGAGUGGAACCCGGUUUGGUCAUAUGCUGCAAUAGCCCAUCCGUGACAAGGACUGACGAGUUGUGCCUUCCGAGAUGUCGUUCUGCACACCACUGUUGUACUGCGCCGUUAUUUGCCUGUUUGUGGCCUGCCUGUUAGCUUGCACGAUUGUUGCCUCUCGACCUCAUCAACAAGCUGUUUUCGCCCACAGGACUGCCGCUGACUGGAUGUUUUUUGUUUGUCAGACCUGUCUCUGUAAACCCUAGACACUGUCGUGCGUGAAAAGCCUAGGAGGCCGGCCGUUUCUGAGAUACUGGACCUGACGCACCUGGCACUGAUGAUCAUACCACGCUCAGUUGCUUAGGCCACUUGUUUUUCCCAUUCUAAAGUUCAAUCGAACAGUAACUGAAUGCCUCGAUGCCUGUCUGCCUGCAUUAUAUAGCAAGCCACGGCCACGUGACUCACUGUCUGUAGGAGCGAACCAUUUUCAUGAACGGCCACUGUGUAUUUUGCAGAUGUUAUCGCAGGGCAGCGAAAUGCUUAUGUUUCUAGCUCCAACAGUGCAGUAUAGCUAACAACACAAAACAGUACACACAAAUAUCAGAAUGAGCAAUGUCAGUCCGGUGUAUAUGUAUAUAAAUAAAGUGUGUAAUGGUGUGUAUGGACAGUAUAUGAAUAGCAAAAGUGUGUACAGCAGUAGUUAAAUAGGAUGAGCCAUGACUAGAAUACAGUAUAUACAUAUAAAGUGGGUAAAACGGUAUGUAAACAUUAUUAAAGUGACCAGUGUUCAAUCGUCCUGGCACUGAUGCGCAAUCACAUUAUUGGGUAUAGUUAAUAAUUAACAUGACUAAAGAUGUCUUGACUUGUGAUCUUUCUUCUGCUUCUGCCCAGCUGUGAUCAUGACUCUCAUUCUCACACACACGGCUCAAGCACAGACUCACUAUUUGAUUUAUUUAUUUUUAAAUAUUUUUGGGAGCUUAUGGCACCUGGUAUUCCCAGGCGGUCUCCCGUCCCAGUACUAACCAGGCCCAACCCUGAACAGGCGUGUUCUGGGUGGUAUGGCCACAAGCAUAUAUUUAGUAAAAAAUGUUCUCCCUCAAUUAGGUCCCUUGGCUCAUCUCUGCAACUCCUCAAUGGACUCGGGAGAGGCGAAGGUCGAGUAAUGCGUCCUCCGGCCGCCUACGUCUUAUCACACUGCUCGCUUAACCCGGAUGUCAGGCGCACCAAUGUGUCGGAGGAAACACAGUUCGACUGACGACCUUGCAGGCGUCUGGCACUGUCACAAGGGCUAGAGCAUGAUGAGCCAAGGAAAGCCCCACCGGCCAAAACUUCCCCUACCCCGGACGGCGCUUGGCGGUCACGGCCGGUUGUGACACGACUCAGCACUACGGUGCAGUGCUUUUGACCGCUGCGCCACCCAGGACUCAAUAUAUUUAAUUAGGCUAAUCUGAGAUUGUUCAAUAAAAGUCUGCUGGUUCCCCAAUAGGCCCCAGCCUAUAUAGUUGGUCACAGAAUGGAUCACUGUUCACUGUUUUGUUUGAGAUUAGAUUAGUCACAUGCACAGGGUCGCAGAUGUAAUUGCAGGGUACAGUGAAAUUCUUAAGCUCCGAGCACCAACAGUGCAGGUAAAAAAAGAGAAGUGAAUGAAAUAAUAAUAAUAUACAUAUACAUAUUUACAACUGUAGCAAUGAUAAAUGUUCAUAGGGGGGUGGGGGCAGGGUAAAUGUCUGUUGUGGGGGGCUGACAGUAUGCUCUCGAUGGUGCUCCUGUAGAAAACUGUAAGGGCCCUCUGGGACUGGCCGAAUUUCCUCCUCCUGAGGUUGAAGAGUCGCUGUCGUACCUUUUUCACCACGGUGUCUGUGUAGUUUGACCAUUUCUGUGAUGUUUUUGACCAUCUCCAUUGAUGAGGACAGCCUGGUUCCUCCUGAAGUCCACAAUCAGCUCCUUUGUUUUGCUGAAGUUGAGGGAGAGGUUGUUUACAUGGCACCACGCCGUCCGAGUGCCUACCUCCUCUCUAGGCUGUCUCGUCGUUGUUGGUAAUCAGGCCUACUACUGUCGUGUAGUCAGCAAACUUGAUGGAGUUGGAACUGUGUGAAGCCACACAGUUAGGGAGAGGUUAGAUUGAAGUCCUCUGGUCUGCCUGAUGUAGGCCUAUUUGUCAGUUAUUCUUUGCUAAAGUAUGAGUGAUUUAUAUAAGCAACGCCUAUUUUCCUCCACCUGAGUUAAUUGCAGGUUGGCUAUAAAUCAAAAAUGAUCUGAUGAAUGCUGUCAGUUGAUCUUGAGACUACUAUAAGUGUGAAAGGUUGUGUGCUCUUGUCAUCCCAGUGCACUACAACUGCACCUUUCUUUGAUUACUGACAGAUAACCUGUCUGUCUUCAUGCUUGAGAAUGGAUGUAAUUCCUUAGUGGUGCUUUUGACUCCCCCGUAAGGCAUGCAGGUGUAUUUGUGGACUGUGGAAUUGGUGACUGAGGCUGCCUAGUUUUCACUGUUGUUAAAGCGCAUCUGAAGGCAAUAAACAACUUCUCUGAUAGAAAACGGCCUAUGUGGCAUCGAUAUUAGUCAGACACAUUUAUUCUAGUGUCAAAAUUGACUACAAAGUGUAAAUAGGAUAAUUUUGUUCAUAAAGUCAGUCUCGUCCAAAACUGAGUUUUGUAAGUGAGUUCGUCAUGACUUACUUGAGGGUUGGGUUUUGAUUUCAACAAUGUUCACUUGCCCUCUAACACAGGAUACACAGCUGUGGUGAUUGCGCUCUAUCCAAUCCUACUGCAGACAGUGAGACAGACCUACCCGUCAGUGCACCGGAUCUGACUUUGUUUACAUAAGACAACACGUCGCAUAUCUUUUUACUUGAGAAAUACUGCACCAAACACCUUAGCUAGAUGUAAAAUUGCGCGACUAAAACCUCAGCAAAAACUCAAGAAAUAUGUAAUUAAUUGAAGUUAUCUUAGAAUCAUUUACUAUUUUGAAGAAGUAAUACUGGCUUUGUUCCUAUGGUGUCUCAUGGGGGACAAUCAUCAGUAGCUGCCACAUCGAACCACACCCCCAAGACCGAAAUCUAUUAUUUUCUUAAUGAGCAACAGAGAAACACAUGCCAGAAUCUGUGCGUUCAGUCGAUAUUUAACACUUCAAAAUGAAGGGUGUGAUGACUGAUCUACCAUCCAUGGAAUUGAGGGCAGAUGGGGAGGGUAGAGGGUUGGCCUUUGAGAAAAGAAAUGUCAUACAUGACAUACUGACAACAAGGGAAGUCCUGGUCAGAAAAGGAAGGAAAGGUUCAUCUCCAGGAAACUCUGUUUCCCUCUGAAAACAGAUGGCCUUGACUUGCCUAGUCAUCCUUCAGCCCCUGCAAGAUCCUAUUUAUAUGAUGUCGAUGCUGUCCUUUUUGGCUUGUUUUGCUAUAGCCUCUACUCGCUCUUCUCUGUUACUGAUGUCUAUCUGUUUAUCCUCUCUCUCUCCCUCUCCCUUAUUUUUCUCUUCUCUCCCUUCUCAGUCACCAGAUAAGCACAGAGCGUUGGAGGAGACUAAGAACUACACCACCCAGUCCCUGGCCAGCGUAGCCUACCUGAUCAACACAUUGGCCAACAAUGUCCUGCAGAUGCUUGACAUUCAGGCCUCCCAGCUACGCCGCAUGGAGUCCUCCAUCAACCACAUCUCACAGGUACGGCUGCCUGGAAGUGGAACACACACUGUAUACACAUACACAUCCAUUAGCCUAAGAAUACCUGAUUCGAAACGAUAGGCCUAGUUCAAAAAGGUGUCUUGUUCAAGUCUCUCUUAAGAAAUAGGCUAACUGUAUUUCUUCCCCCCUUGUGCGGCCCCAGACAGUGGACAUCCACAAAGAGAAAGUGGCCAGGCGGGAGAUUGGCAUCCUGACCACCAAUAAGAACACCUCUCGCACACAUAAGAUCAUUGCUCCGGCCAAUCCAGAGAGGCCGGUGCGCUACAUCCGCAAGCCAAUCGACUACAGCCUGCUGGAUGACAUGGGCCACGGAGUCAAGGUAGGGAGCAGUGGAGUCCAGGCAUUGACGGUUACCGACUGGAUUCCUGAUGAUAGUAGUACAUUUUAUUUUUGUACUGGAGUGAGUUUUCAUCAACCUUUUGUAGCACUAAGAUCACGGACAAACAAUGAUCUUAGUGCGACAAACAUUUUGAGAAACUCCCCCCUGUUUGAUACAAAGACAGUAGUAGGCCCUUGGGAUAAGCACAAGGGUGUGGUGGUAAUGGUGUGAGUCACUUUGAAUAGGACAGUGUGUGAAUUGUUCGUUGCUUGCCUAUAACAUUGCUACAUGUGUUUCUGUUCAUGUGCAUUUUCUACCUAUUUUCUCACUUAGUCACUAAUCCUCCUUUCUCUUUCUCUCUCUUUGCUUCACUUAUUUGCCUUUAAAAUGAACCUAGUGGUUGCUAAGGUUUAAGGUAAGGAUUUCUAACGAAAUGUAAACCCUAAAAACAAAGUUAGUAUGCGUGUAUGACCAGAGUGUGUUGUCUGAUCCCAGGUUAUGUUGUGUUGCUCUGUUGACUAGUACUUCCCUGUUGUUGUUUUGUAACCUCUCUCACCGUGUCCUGUAGGCCAGUGCUCAGAACGUGAAGGCCGGAGCCGCAGGUCUCCCUCGCACCAACCCACCUACACAGAAGCCACCCAGCCCACCCAUGUCAGGGAAGGGAACCAUUGGGUAUGUAAACGUGGCAGGUACCACAGCCCCUGUCCAUGCUGCUCAUGUCCUCGAGAAAAACAUGCUUUAAGUCUCGGCAACCACGUUCAGACAUCUUUAUACAUGUUCAUCAAUGGGCAAGAUGUGAUCAUACAGGCACCAGGUGUCCCUUUGUACUACAGACUCCUUUAGUGUCCCUGUGCUCCUCCUAAGCCCCCUAUGGUGGGCUAUGGACCAGGCUUCCCACUCACCACCCUUACAACUCCCAGCAGCGACCUUUAGUGACAUUUAUUUAAGGUCCGGAGCAGACCUCUUUGAAAAGGUCAAAGCUAGCCUCUGGCAAAUGAUAUGCUGUUUGAUGAUAGAAUGAAUUUCAUCAGAAAUGUGUGUGUGUGUACAUUCCAGUGAAUGGGUAUCUUAAAAUCUGUAUAUUGAUAUUAUGGGCUACUGUUAUUGUUGCUCUGUCCUGUUGUGUCCCUGUCCAGUUUGUAUCCCCCUCUACAGACCUGUCCAUAACAGUAAUGUAUGAAAUGGUUUAUAACAUUGUGUUUUAUGUCUCUCCUAAAGUGUGUGUGUGUGUGACCUUCAAACAUGUCCUCCCUGAAAUGAGACGCAUGUCGGUCGUUAAUGACACACUGCCCUAGUCCAGUCUCUGGUGUAGAGGAGGCAUCUGUCUGUGGUGUUUUGGUUGCUUUUGUCCCCCCCCCCCCCCCCCCCCCCCAUAUGUGUGAUGUCGUGACUCCUCCCCCCUCAACCUCGAAUUCAGGCUGUUCAUGCUCUCACAUUUACAUGUACAUUUUAGUCAUUUAGCAGACGCUCUUAUCCAGAGCGACUUCCAUGGCAACAGCUCUCAAAGUUCCAUCCUGUAAACAAGAACAGGGGGAGAAUAUACUUGGCAGCUCAUCCAUACUUUGAGGCUUUUUAUUCCACUGAAGCACAUCAAUAGACAUCAUUGUCCUCGGUUGAUGUCGGGCUGUGUAAGAACUGAAGCAGCAGCUGUGGACACGACUGAUGCAUUGAAAGCCUUUUCCCACCUACACCCCAUUUUGAGUUUGCACUGGUUCUCUUUUAUUUCUUUUUGUCCUCCUUUUCUUUCUCCCCCCCUCCCCCUCUUCACUUGUGGAUGUUAAACUCCUCUCAUACCCCUCCCCUCGCAGGCGCCACUCCCCCUAUAGGACGCUCGAGCCGGUGCGUCCUCCCGUUGUCCCUAACGACUACGUCUCGAGCCCGACGCGCCAUGGCAACAUGGCGCCCCCACAGCAGAGCCCUGCACGCACUGCAUCUGUUAAUCAGAGGAACCGCACGUACAGGUACCCCGCCCCGCAUGCUCUCAGCACACCGUUAGCUAAAAACAGGCCUAGAACACACUUCGAGCGGCCCUGGACUCACUGAACAGACACGCUUUGAUUCUACUGCCCUGUAGGGAAGAUCUGCUGCAAUAGCUUGUGGACACUGUAGCUACAUGGCACUAAACUUCUUUUUUUCCCAAACCUACCCGCAGUUUGAAUAGGCACUACACCAAGCACAGAGAACAAACGUACAGCUCAGAUAGACAUUUAUUCAAAUAUGUUUCUCUUUUCCAAGGAAUGUAUUUUUAGCACCUGCGUAACAGCAGAGGAAAUUCAGAUUAGAUAAGCGCCAGCAGCUCUGGGUGUCACUGAGGCUCCUACCAGGCAGUGAGAACAAGAUCUUUAGGACUACAUGGCAGAGGAUCUGCCACUAGAGAAUUGAAGCUUGGGCUUUAUAAUACAACUGAUCCCUUUUCUCUGUCAGAACCCUCUCACUUUCCUUCUGAGCUCAUUAUUACGUUUGAAACUGACAUUGAAACUAAUAGUAGCAAUGGUUGACCUUGGCUUAAAUUAAACACUGUUCUUUCAGCUCAACCUCUCUAUCUAUGCGUUGGUCGUUCCAUCCAUCCAUCCUUCCAGUUUCUCACACAUUCCCUGUCUCCAGUCUCCUCGUCUUUAUUCUCGCCUUGGUUUUCUUCAGAUGCCUCCAGCUUUGUCGCGCCUCUCUGUCUUUGUCACGUCAUGUCUCACUAAUCGACCACCGCUAAAUGUCACGUUGUAAUUUGUGAUGUUUUGUUGUUCAUUUCUUUAUUGCUGUACAUGUCAUCUCAAAGCAGAGCUGUUCAUUUAAAUCCAGUCAGUGCUGGGUGGGUGGGGGCAGGAUUUUGGUCCAGGAGAAACUCUGGUUUGGUAGGUUGUGCUUGAUACCAAUAGGGCUCUAAGGACUGGUUUCCUGCACACAGAUUAAACCUAGCGCUGGACAAAAAAUCACAGUACUUUUUAGUCCAGGACUAACUUAAUCUGUGUCUGGGAAACUGGCCCUACAAAGUAUGUAACCUCUAAUCUAGACGGUAAAU